CCCUUUUGACUGUAUUAAUCAUGAUAUUUCGCUUUCUAGUCUGUCCUACAGAUAUGGUUUUUCAGGUCUAGCAUUGAACUGGUUCUCAGAGUGUGUCAUUGAUGACAAUACCCCUGAGGAUAUCCGACAAAUCGGAUUGUCUGCAAACGAAUCGGUUUUGGUAACCUCGCCGGACAGCCCAAACAAUUAUCCGAAUAACGUCCACACCACGUGGAUCAUCGAAGUCGUCGCUGGAGAAAGCGCCACUUUAACAUUCUUGACCUUUGACCUCGAGGAAGGGUAUGACAAUUUGAAGGUCGGUUUCGGGAGUGUCCCGGGAUUGGAGGAAAGUCGGUUGAUAACACUUAGUGGUAGCACCUUACCGACAGAGAUUAACACCCGACACCGAACUGCAUGGUUGGUGUUUACUUCAGAUUCUGCAAUCGGCGGCGAUGGAUUCGAACUUGAAAUUCGCGGAAAAGAAGAGACCACCGACAUAUCUCCACUGGAUUUCGAGGAACAAGAUGGCGGAUCCCUCUUCAUUUAUUCCCAGAACCAGUCCGACUCUCGCCAUGCCUACCCUCACAAUUCUUUGGUUUCUUACACCAUAGAGGCCCCUGAAGGAUCCUACAUCUACAUCAAAGUACUGUCUCUUGAUACAGAAUACGGGAAAGAUGUCCUGUUCGUCGGGGAAGGUCAAGAGGUUGGAAACAGGGAGACAAUUCGCGACACAUUCACGGGAAACUUGCACAAGAAAUAUUCCACAGUGGAAUCCAAGUCCCGGAACCUUUGGAUGAUGUUUGUGAGCGACUGCAAAAACUCCGGUGCUGGAUACGAGAUCGCGAUCGAAUUGGUUACACCCAAUAUUCGCCUCUCCCUGAAUGAAACCAUCACCAUCUACUCGACUACGAAUCUCGAAUUCUCUUCGCGUCAGUUUAGCGUCGCAAGAUGGCGAGUGGAAGCUCCUGACGAUACCGUCAUGAAUAUUCGAUUCUUGGAGUUCGACCUCGCCGUCAGCCUCGAGUUCUUCGUGGUCAUUGACGGUCUUCGCCCUCACAAUCGUGAACGGUAUCGCUUCGAGUAUGAGGGUAACAAACUGCCUCCUGACAUCGUUUCACUCAGUAAUCGGAUGAAUAUAAUCUUCGCAGCCUACUCGGACACGCUAAACGGUACCUUUGUUAUAAAUGUAACGGCGAGGACAGUACAACCAGGUGAUCUGUCCCCGACAUACGUGCCUGCUGGGGGAACCAUUUACAUGACAUCACCAAACUACCCUGGACAUUAUCCGAACUACUUCCAGCGUGUCUGGGUGGUGACUGCUCCGAAAGGGUACAUCAUUCGCUUCCGGUUUCUAGACCUUCGUCUACCGAAUGAUAACGAUUAUCUGGCACUCGGAGAUGGGUUUUACUACCUUGCAGAUGGAUCCCAUAUUAUUAGCGUGGGUGGCCCAUUAACUAGUGGACCCCCUGACAGAUACUACACCGAGACGAACGCCCUCUUCUUACAUUUUAAGUCUGACCCAACAGAUGGGAACGGUGGAUAUAAAGUAGAGGUCUCGGCUAUAACAUUGCCAAUUGUCCUAGACGUCAACGACGUCCAUAUUCUAGAAUCACCAGCAUACCCGAUGCCUUAUGAAAACAACGUCUUCAUCGAAUGGAACGUCCAAGUGCAACCUGGUUUCGGGGUCCUUCUCCGAUUCAUAGUCUUUGGCAUGACUGAUCACGGAGACAUUCUCUCUAUUGGAAAGGGCACGGAUUCGAACGACACGAACAGCGUCGCGGCCAGAUUCACGGGUGACCUUGCUUCAUCAGAUUUUGUGGUUUGGUCAGAGAGAGUCUGGAUAAGGUUCACCACGGACUCAUCAGGGAUAGGAGAUGGAUUUGUGAUAGAGCUUCGGCCCAUUCAAGGAGAAGGUUACUGUCUUAUCCCUCUAGGUAUGACGAGCGGUUGGAUACCUGAUGGCAGUCUCUCUGCAACUAGCCGAAAAGACAAGGAGCAUAGCCCUAGCGAAGCUAGGCUUCACGGUACUUCCUCAUGGAUACCCGACCCUGAAGUGGACGACUCCACCAUCCAGGUAAAUUUCGAUCAAGGUCACUAUAUCACGGGAAUCUUGGUACAAGGAGGAUCAGUAAGCGUAGGGACAUGGGUGGAGUCACUACUGGUCAUGUUCGACGACGACAGUGCAGAGAUAAUCCAUGGAAAGUGGGAUCCGGAGGCAAUUUCCAUAAUUCUCUUUGCACGCCCUCGAUUGACUCGUCAUAUCCAAAUCACACCAAGGAGCAAGGAUCCAUCUCUUCUGUCUCUGCGUCUUGAGAUACUUGGAUGCCAAAAGGGUUGUCACUUUGAUCUCGGCAUAUCGUCGGGUAUACUGACAUCAGCAUGGAGCCAGAACACUGUCAAUGAUUCAUAUUCGGACUUUGAUAGUUUGAGGCUAUUGCCUUAUGAUCACAGACCACUGACAGGAUGGGUAGGGCGAUCUUCAAGUGAUCCUGAUUCGGCCGAUGUUUUCAUCGGAACAACCACCGUUGUCCGGGAAAUAAUUAUUCAACAGUGUGCCAAUGCACGACUUCUUUCAUUCAACCUGGCUGCUAUGUCAGAUGAUGCUUCACGAACAUUUCAUUACAAUAUAUCUGACUGUGACAAGGCGAUGUGCAAAGCAUAUCUACCUGAAGGAAUCGUAGCUACACGAUACAAGAUACUUCCUACAGAAUGGAUUGAUGGAUUAUGUUUCCGGCUGGAGCUUCUAGGAUGUCAUGCAAUUGAAUGUGCUUCGCGAUUUUGUGAAGAGAACUGCUCAUCGGCGUUUCUGUCCCCCGGCGUAGGAAGGGAUAUUGCAAUGUACCAAUCCAGAACAUUCCCUCCUCGUGCCAUGUGCCACCAAGAAAUUUCAUUACCAACAGGACAGUAUGUGGUGUUCAUUUUCCACGGUUUCCAGCCACAAACUGACGGGAACGGAAAUGCUGAUGGUGUUCUCUCGCUCACUGACUCAGUCGAUGAGACGGAAGUGUCCUUUGACCUCAAUGAAGUGCCAUCAGUCUUUGUAUCAUCCUCUUCAAAUCUAUUGGUAACCUUACUGUCAGGAUUGCUCACCGGCAUCUCAAGAGCUGUAGUUGCGUACGGUUCUGUAGGUAAACCUGGUUGUAGCAAGAGUACCGACGUUGCAAGUGAGAAUUCCUUCUCCUGCAAGCAAAGCUCUGGUUUCUUGAUGUCACCUGGCUACUUCGCUUCCUAUGCCCCUAAUCUGGACCUCUCGUGGGACAUAGCGACCAAACCAUGGACGCAGAUCAGCCUGGCUUUCGUCGAACUCGAUGUGACCUCAUUGGAACAAUCAUGCGAUGAAGACUACGUCAUUGUUAUGGAUCUUUCAUCUCAGAGCUCACUCGGGCGAUUCUGCGAUCAGAAGAAACCUCAGGGAUCGGUUGUGUCCUCGUUAAACAGAAUGGAGAUCACGUUCCACUCUGACAGUAUCGGAAGUGGCUACGGGUUCAUAGCUGAAUACUCUUCGUCGAUACUCAUCCCUGAUGCGGUCAACACCACAAAGAAUCACUCCUGUCCCGAUGGAUGGGUCGUUUUCAAAGGUUCCUGCUACCGUUUGAUCAUCAGCCACGAAGCUCUUACUUGGAACGAGGCAGAACUGGUUUGCCAGGAAAGCCUUGGUGGUCACCUAGUGAGCAUUCGUGAUGAAGACGAAAUGAUCUUUCUACAUUAUAUGAUCUCUUCCCAAUGGGAGGCGACAGAGACCGAGACAUAUAUCGGUCUCGGUAGAAGAGAUGAACGUGGAAUAUUUCAUUGGACAGAUGGAACACCAAUGUCUUACACAGAUUGGUACAGUCCUCCCCCAGGAACUGGGGGUGCAAAGCAGCCCGAUGGGGGCUUGCUUGAAGCAUGUACUAUGUUUGUCUUCGAUUCGGCCACUUCGACAGAUCUUUCGACCAAUCUCUGGCAUGAUGUGGCGUGUGCAUCUCCCGAAACAGAGCAGUUUAUUUGUGAAAUAGGGAUGCCUGGAAAAACAAUUAUACCAGUGGAAGUAAAGACAACUGUACCGACAGGAGGUCCCGUCAGCAACUGCGGAAUGGCACUUUUCCAGUGCUCCACGGGUGAAUGUAUCAACAAGGUAUUCAGUUGUGACGGGACGGUUGACUGUCGAGAUGGAAGUGAUGAAGACACUUGCCAAGAAGAAUGUUCAUCCGACCAGUUCCGAUGCAGUGACGGGUCUUGUAUAUCAAUAUCCUUCUAUUGCGAUUCCAUUCCGCACUGCUUGGAUAAUUCAGACGAAAGUGACUGUGCCCUACCACCAUGCACUGAAGACGAGUUUGAGUGUAGUAAUGGACAGUGUGUUUCUGCCGCUAAGAGAUGUGAUUUCAUCAAUCAUUGUUACGAUUCGUCCGACGAAGACGGAUGUGUUUUGGAGGUUUCCCCAUCUGCCUUCCAGUGCUACGAUGGCUCGUUAUUUCCAGCGAAGAUCCAAUGCGAUGGGGUAAUAGACUGCAUAGGAAAUACCAACGAGGACGAACAUGGGUGCGCGUACAACACGCUGGAUGAUGCUUGCCGUUCGGCUGCCAAUAUCACGUGUAGCAACAUAGCAUGCGCACCACAAGCCACACGAUGCCUUUACGAACUGGAUAAAUACGGCUUUUUCACCGGAUGUCGUGACGUCACACAUCUAAGAGACUGUGGAGAUUUUGAGUGCCCAGAGUCUUAUCUUAAGUGCCCAUCAUCUUACUGCAUCCCCCUGCGGUAUCGGUGCAAUGGGAGACUGGACUGCCCUUCUGGAGAAGAUGAAGCUAAUUGUGGUGUAGAUGAGUAUAAAUGCCCGGAUGGAUCAUAUCAAUGCCAUGGACAGUUGUUUUGCAUCAGCCAUGAUCACGUGUGUGAUGACGUCAUUCAUUGCCCGGAACAAGACGACGAGCUUUUCUGUGAACAAUGUCCCGGAGGAUGUACGUGCGUUGGACUGUCCUUUUCCUGUCACCCAGACUCGGUGGACUUCAUCGUCUUUCCCCGACAGCUAAGAAAAUUAUCUCUGGUUUGUGACGUGCUAGCUGACCCAUGCAAUGCGUCCUUGACCAUUGUGACGAAUGAUGAUGUCACAGACGGGAGAGGAAAUAGCCUCGUGCCUCUGACAAUGCCUUAUUUAAUUACUCUAUCGUUAGAAUCGUCUUCUCUAGAAGAAAUUCAACUUGGAGCUUUUCAAGAAAACAAAAACCUCUUGGAUUUGAAUCUGGCGGGCAACAAUGUUAAAAGCAUAUUUCGAGGAACGUUUGAGGGACUCCAUCGGAUACAAACAUUGAAUCUCUCGGCUAAUCCACUCAGCGUAGUCGAGGCGGGAGCGUUCGGAAAUUUGACCCUUCUUCAAGAACUGGAUAUUCGUGGGACUGACAUUGCUGUUACCACGAACAUCGGACACGAUAUGUUCCUUGGCUUGGAGAACUUGCAGAUCAUACAUGCAGACCGCUACGUCUUCUGUUGUCUAGCGGGACUGGUGGAUUCAGUCGGCUGCAAUGCGCCGAGGGAUCAGUUUUCAUCUUGCGAAGAGCUCAUGGCGAGCGAAGUUCUGCGGAUCUUCAUCUGGAUCCUCGGAGGGAGCGCUUUCAUCGGAAACGGCUUCGUGUUCAUCUACAGGGUGAUCCAUCAGAAGAGAGACAGGAAAACCAUUGUUCAGUCGAGUUUCAUCACGAACUUGGCCGUGUCUGAUUUUAUGAUGGGCCUGUACAUGAUCACCAUUGCGUCGGCCGACAUAUACUUCAGAGGGAACUAUGCCUUGCAUGCUGAUGCUUGGCAGUCCAGCGUCCUCUGCAAGUUAGCGGGAAUGCUUUCGGUAGUAUCGAGCGAGGCGUCUGUCUUGUUCAUCAUGAUGAUCAGUGUUGACCGGUGCAUCCACGUCCUCCUACCCUUCAAGAAGGGGCUUCACCUCUCUCCUAUGGCUGCAAGAUGUACCCAGCUAAUCAUAUGGGCCAUCGGAGUUUUGGUGAGCGUCAUACCCUUGAUGAUCCCUUCGUAUAACCAAGGCAACUUCUACGGGCAGUCUGGAGUCUGUUUGGCCCUACCCUUGACAGUUGAUCGUCCUGCAGGAUGGCAUUACUCUAUCUCGUUGUUCAUCGGUGCCAACUUUGCGGCCUUUCUUACAACCCUGCUCUGUUACGUGGCCAUUUACAUCCGCUAUCGGCAGUCCAAACGGAUGAUAUCUCAGACUGGGAAGGUGUCAAGGGAUGAUAAAAAGCUGAGUGAAGAUAUCAAGUUGGCUUGGAAGAUGUUGCUGAUUGUAGGAACAGACCUGAUCUGCUGGUUCCCCAUUAUCAUCAUGGGCCUCUUGUCAGCGGCAGGGAAACUUGUUAUAUCUGCUCAGGUGUAUGCUUGGACGGCAGUCUUCGUCCUUCCUGUUAACUCGUCACUCAACCCGUACCUCUAUACACUCUCCACCAUGCACGGAAAGAAACAGACAUCCAAGAAAUCUGGCUGGUCGGCGACAGAAGAAAAUAAAACAAUGGAAAGUGGCAUGUGGGACGGAGAUGGUCCUUCUUCUAAGACCAAGGCUACCACCCCCUUUUCCAUUGUACCCACCAUGGUUGCGCAGUUCCUUGAACAUUGGUUGAUAAAUGAAUCACGUGACUUGACCCUGCACGAACUUGACGUCAUCAGACGAGACAUUGGGCAGUCAUGGGACCUCUUGCAAAAGGCCGGCAACGCCAACACAAUGGAUGGGUAUUUCAAGAAUAUUAUAGUUCAAACUGAUGCAGCUAAUACGAUUCAAAGGGCAUUCGUGGUUCUGGAUCCUCCAUCAUUCAACGUUGAACAUGUUGAAAAGGACGAUCAAUUCAAUGGCAGAUCGAACAAUCCCGAAGCUAACCAAACCAAGGUUCUGGAAGUGCUCAAGGGACUCAGUGAAUCUCGACAUUAACCAACAGAAGAGGCAACAUGACUAGAGGAGGCCUCUAUAUUCCUGUGCAAGCAAGGGCAGGAGCAUCCUCCACGUUUUAGAUGGGGGGGGGGCAUAAAAGUGGGGGAAAAAAUGUCAAAAAAAUUCGGCACACUCUUCGCGCGUUGAUUAAAAUCUUGUGCGCUACAUGAGUGUAACGAAAACAUUGACAAUUUUGUAUGUUUAAAAUGAGUUUUAAUGCCACGUUAUCGGAUUUAUAAUGCAUUCAAGGGGUUUUUAAACAUAAUUUCAUUGUAUAUUUUUUUUGGGGGGGAAGCUACAAAAAUAUUGGGGGCAAAUCGAUAUGUCUACACCCCCCCCCCCUUGACACCUCUGAGCAUGGUGGACCAUAAUAAUGGACUAGUGCGAAGGAUUCUUCUUCUUUUUCGAUUUUGCAAUAGUAGGCCCAUGAGAUCUAUUGUUAUCAUGGUUACAAGAUUGGAAAUCGUGAGUUUCGUUUCGAAUCUAUAUACGAUUUUUUUGUCAAGUGACCCCGGACCCUUUGGACAAAUCGGGGUCCUGUUUCAUAAAGACUUUUAUAAUAACAAAUGCACAAUUUAUAUAACAAAUUUACCAUCAGCCAUUCAGAUUGAAUGAUUUCAGUAGCUUUUAACUCUUAUUGUGAAUUUGUUAUUAUAACAAGUUUUAUGAAACAGACACCUGCUCUUUAUCAUGAGGAAUUCAAUGUCGUUCUUUUUGUCUUUAUAUAAUAGAACAAUGCUAAUGGAAUACUUAAUAUCAUGAACAAUAUAGAAAUCUUCUUGUCAUUUUAAUUUUCACUUAAGAACUUUGUCAGUAAAAUUUUGCAUCAUGCCGCGAUCGCUGUUCCUGCUUUGUAUGUUCUGCAGUCCGUUGCAGAAAGAGUUGCGUUUAAACGCAAGUCAAAAAAUCAAUCGCAAGUCCCAAAUGCGCGCUGUUGAUUGG